GUCUUGUUCACGGCACAUCUGUGUGUGUGUGUGUGUAUGUGUGUGUGUGUGUGUGUGUGAGAGAGAGAGAGAGAGAGAGAGAGAGAGAGUGCGUCUUGUUCACGGCUCGUCUGUGUGUGUGUAUGUGUGUGUGUGUGUGUGAGAGAGAGAGAGAGAGAGAGAGAGAGUGCGUCUUGUUCACGGCUCGUCUGUGUGUGUGUGUGUAUGUGUGUGUGUGUGUGUGUGUGAGAGAGAGAGAGAGAAAGAGAGAGAGAGAGAAAGAGAGAGAGAGCGCGCGUCUUGUUCACGGCACAUCUGUGUGUGAGAGCGCGCGCGCGCGUCUUGUUCACGGCGUGUGUGUGUGUGUGUGUGUAUGUGUGUGUGUGAGAGAGAGAGAGAGCGCGCGCGCGCCUGAGCGGAGGCGAUUAAAACGGAGUGUGUGUGAGCAAGCCGAGCAUUAGGAUCUGGAUCCGAUCGGGAAGCAAGCGGAUGGUGAACUUUCUCCAGACUCACCUGAUGGACCACUGAAGGAAUAGUGUCGGCUGGCACGUGCCGACCUCCGGAAGCUGUUUUACGCAAUUUUAGAAGUCACUGCACUUAAUGAUGAGAUUCUCUUCCUGAAACUAGAGAUGCUAUGCUGGGUGCCUUAGCUUCAAAGCUGUGUUCAAGAAGGCAGGGCAUUUUCAGAAUGUAAAUCAAUCAUUGCCCGGAUGGCGAACGCUUCCUCCUCAUCCUCUGUUCUCCCUUACUGCACCUACAAUGAGGAUUUUAAGCGCAUCCUCCUCCCUGUGGUGUACAGUGUGGUCUUCGUCAUCGGCUUGCCGCUCAAUUUUGCUGUCAUCCUGCAGCUGUGGGGAACCAGGCGUUCCCUGACUCGGACAAACAUCUACACGCUGAACCUGGCGGUGGCCGACUUCCUGUAUGUGUGCUCUCUCCCUCUGCUCAUCUACAACUAUGGUAGUCGAGACUAUUGGCCCUUUGGAGAGUUGAUGUGCCGAUGGGUUCGUUUCCAGUUCUACAGCAACCUGCACGGCAGCAUCCUUUUUCUCACCUGCAUCAGCAUUCAUCGCUACCUGGGCAUCUGCCAUCCGCUGUCCCUAUGGCUCAGAAAAACAGGACGUAAGCUGGCAUGGGCUGUGUGUGCCAGUGUGUGGGUUAUUGUAGCACUUCUAUGUGCGCCUACGUUUGAAUUUGCAGCAACAGGCAUCCAGAGAAACCGUACCGUGUGCUACGAGCUGAGUGUACCUGAGCGCUCGCAGCAGUACUACCCAUACGGCAUGGCCCUCACCUGCCUGGGCUUCCUGUUGCCCUUUAUGGUCAUUGUGGUGUUGUACUGCAGGAUGGCACGGGUUCUGUGCCAACCGGACGACGCCAGUGGUGAAGCAGCCAAAGAGAAAAAGUGCAAAGCUGUGAGGAUGAUCGCCAUUGUGGUGCUGGUUUUUGCCGUCAGCUUCCUGCCAUUCCACGUGACCAAAACUAUGUACCUGCUAGUGAGGACCUUGCCUAAUGCUCCAUGCCAGCUCCGGAACUUUUUAUCGGUGGUAUAUAAGAGUACGAGGCCCUUUGCUAGCAUGAACAGUGUGCUCGAUCCCAUCCUAUUCUACUUCACACAGGCCAAAUUCAGACGCGGCACACGCAGCCUGAUGCUCAGGAUCACUACAUUUAGAGACAACAGCAAACAAGGAGAAAGAACACCACAAAGCCUACUAAGCAAAAAAUCAGGAAGGGUAUAAAAUAUGAAAGCAUCUUCCCACCAAGGUUCACUACCUACUGAGGAAGAGUUCCAGAACUCUCUUGAGUGAGAACUUCAUCGUUCCUGACCAUCAUUAAAUAUAUGAUGCAAACAGUAUAAUGACAUUUCACCACCCAGCAAAAUGACAGUAAAAGAGUGAACAUGAAUUGUGAAUAAAGUACAGAAAUGAACAACACAUUUAAAAUGGAAAAAAAACCUACAUUUUCUUUCCUAAAACACUAAAAUCCACAUAAUGACUCUGCAGGUGUCUGCAAUGUUUGCUAUGUCCCUUUAGCUUGCUGCCACAAGGUUAUUAGUAAUGAAUAAUUAUUACUACAAUUAAUCACAUCUUCACAUUUUCCAUGAAUUCGCUUGAGCCUGAAUCAGUCUAUCAAAGGUUGACUUAACUGUAGCCAUUUUUUAAACCAACAAAUAUACAGGAUACAUAUAUGGAAUAUGUCUUCCAGUGCAGGAUUCAAGACUUUACUGAGAGUUUUUCCCCAUAAACAUAAAACAUAAAAUCAGCAUAACAUAUCAAUCUCAAUUACUCAUAAUCCAUGGACUACUAAGUCCACAGUCUACAAAUACUCAGUCUACAAAUUCUUUAUGAUCACUAAAGUCAUGAGGACAGAAUAUAAGGGCUUAAAAGACAAAAUCUAUUCUCAAAAUCUUUGUAUAGUACACAAAGUUUCCAGUGAACCUGGACUUUUCGGACAAACGUCCUUCAUCGGCUGUGUAAGGAUAGUGCCUCUGAGGCUGUAGAGAAAUCUGUCAUAUAUUUAUAAAAUGUGAAAAUAUUAUCUGUCUUUUCAUAUCAUGUAUUUUCAAAUCUAGUUUUAAUCAUUAUUUCUGACAAAUAUCUGUCUGGUCUGAAAACCGGGCUUAUCACCAUUGCAUGAAGCACUAGCACUAAAAAGCAUAAGAGAAAUGCUUUGUGUUUAUGUGUAUACACAAUAUGUCUAUAAAUGGAAUGUAUUAUCAUAAGAAGUGAUAGCACAGUGGACAGGGGUCACUGUCAAGUCAUGGAAAAUAGCCCACACUUUACAAUAAGCCUUUUGCACUACCCAAAAACAGUUUAUACCCAGGUCUUCAGCUUUCUUAAGUGGAUAAUCUCACCUGGAUUCUGUAGAUUUUACCUUCUGCUGUAAGCAUAAAGAAGGUCCUGUGCUCAUCUCAGGACUCUUAUUCACAACACAUCCUUUCAACACAAUACUGUUUGUCUUUACUCUUCUACACCUGUAUACUGUAAUAAUUUAUAAUCCACUGUGAGUGUAAAUGUAAAUAUAGUACAUGUGAAGGGAACCAUCUAAGACUUAACGACUUCAGCCACUAGGUGGUGGGAUUUACCAAGAAGAGCUGGCAGCAGUGCGCCUGCUCUUUCUGUAAACUGCACUUAGGUGCUCUGCCUCGUAUCCAUUUAAAGGGAAGGUAUUUAUGUUCUGAACCGAAUUUCACACACCCUAGUGCUUCCUUAAGUAAGUAUUUCUAUAAUGAGAAAAUCUGACUGAAUCUAGAAUGCAAGUAGGUGGGCUACACACUGUAUAAAUCCGUGAAUAAAUAUAUGAAGACUUAAUGAAUUGCACUCUUGUUUUGAGCAUGUGGUGAUGCAUCUCACACUUAUGACUUAAGACUACACUAGCAAACCUAUAAAUGGAAAUGUGUGUAGCUGUUGAAAAGACAUUUGUAGUGUAAAUGCUGUGCCAUUUGAAUGUUUUUGAUUUUUGGCCUGUGAGAAUAUGACUAAUUUGUGAAUCUGUUGGGUGUCUUGCAGCUUUGUGAAGUUGUAAAACCUGUGCGUUCAUGUCAACGCUUAAAUGUGAAUUUCAGAAAUAUAGAACUUUAAAAAUAGGCAUCACGGUGUUAUUACCUGACUGGAUAUUGAUAUCAUUUUGUACUUUUGCUUGUAUCAUGCCACAAAGUUUGCUGUUGCCUGCUUUGCUCAUGUCCUUAGACAUAGGUUAUCUAAACUUUGCACUAAUAUACAGUAUUAAUAUUCAAUAAAACCACUAGACAUUGUGUGUAUGUCUUUCCAUGGUCUUUGUCUUCGGGUUUAUUGUUAUAUGUAUGUACAAUGAGUGAUCAAAUACAAUAAAAUUGUAUAAACCCAG